CAGAAAGAAAGUAGAGAAAGUGAGAGAGGGAAUCAAAGGAAGGAAAAGACAAAAGAAACACAUAGCAAAACCAAACACACAACACAAACACAACAUGAGAAAACAAUCAUCAUAGAGGAAAACAAAAACAAAAGAAAAGCAUCAUCACAAUGCAAAAUCCAGGAACAACAACAACAUCACCAACAACACCAAAACCACAAUGUUCUUCAUCUUCACUUUCAUUUCUUACAACAACCUUAAUCAAAGACCCUAAACCAAAACCAAUCCUCUACACAUUCCUAGCACUCUCUCUCUUCUCAAUCCUCCUCAUCCUCUCGCUCACUUCUUCUUCACGUUCAUCAACCCACACUCGACCCGACCCAUUUCUCUACCCGACCCAUCAAACCCACCGCAUCAUCUACGACCAAGACAAAACCACCCCACCACCACCUUCCAUAGCAUAUCUCAUUUCCGGGUCAAAGGGUGAUUCGGGUCGGAUCCUUAGGCUACUGUAUGCAACGUAUCAUCCUCUUAAUCAAUACCUUCUUCAUCUUGACCCUUCUGCUCCUCAAUCAGAUCGUGAAAAGUUGGCUCUUGUUGUUCAGUCUAAUACUGUUUUUGAAGCUGCUAAGAAUGUUCAUGUUAUGGGAAAACCUGAUUUUGUUUAUGUUAAAGGCUCUUCUCCUGUUUCAUUUACUCUUCAUGCUGCUGCUAUUUUGAUUCGUUUGUCUUUGAGAUGGGAUUGGUUUGUUAGUCUUAGUGCUGAUUCUUACCCUCUUGUUACUCAAGAUGAUCUUCUCCACAUCAUGUCGUUUCUGCCUAAAGAUAUGAACUUUGUAAAUCAUUCAAGCUAUAUUGGGUGGAAAGAGUCAAAGAAGUUGAAACCCAUCAUUGUUGAUCCUGGUUUGUAUCUUUCUGAAGGGACUGAAAUGUUUUAUGCUACUCAGAAAAGAGAACUCCCUAGUGCUUACCGCAUGUUUACAGGUUCAUCUUUUUCUAUUUUAAGUCGUAAUUUUAUGGAGUUUUGCAUUUUAGGAGUAGACAACCUCCCUCGGAUUCUACUGAUGUAUUUCUCAAACACACCAUCAUCCCUGUCCAAUUAUUUCCCUACAGUUCUCUGCAACUCUCGCCAAUUUAACAAGACAGUCAUAAAUCAGGACUUGUUAUAUGCUGUUUAUGACAGCCAUAGAAACAAUCUUCGACCACUCAAUUCAACAGAUUUUGAUAACAUGAUUCAUAGUGGAGCCGUCUUUGCAAAAAAAUUCCAGCCAGAUGAUCCUGUUCUCGAUCUCAUCGACCAAAAAAUUUUGAACCGAAGUCCUGGAUCGGUUGUUCCUGGUGGAUGGUGUUUAGGUGAGCCUGGGAACAGCACAUGCUUAACAUGGGGUGAUGCCAGUAUCUUGAGACCCGGUAAAGGCUCUAAACGGCUUGAGAAAGCAAUUGUUGAAUUGCUGUCAAAUGGCACUUUCCGAUCUCGACAGUGUAUAUAGUAAUGAUCUUUCUCCAGCCUCAUGUCAUAUAAUGUAACAAAAUAGAAAAAGAAACCCAAAAGGAUCGAUAAGAACGAUAAGAAUCAACUCUUUGGUCCUUAGUUUAUCUAGCGGGGUAGCAGGUUAAGUAUGAGUAUUAAUUAUUUGUAUUAGCCUAAUUAAAUUUUUUGUAAUUCUGAUGUUUUUAUUUUAGAAUUUAAUGUGGCUAUGUGGUUGUCCAUAUAGCAUGAUAUGUUUGUUACAUCCUUAAAUGUUGUCACACAAACUCUGGAUGUGAAUUCUUUCUUAA